UCUUUCAUCUCUCUAGCUUUGUCUAUAUCAUCUCUCUACCUCUUACCUUCUCGCACUUGCUUGUUCUUCAUUAUGAUAAGUCAAAAUCUUCACUGGCUAAAUCAAGCGACUUUUUUACCCUUAAUAGUUAUUGCGAAAAGUAAGACAAUUUCCGAGUUCGUAUAGUUGAUGACCUGACAACUUUUUGUUCGCAUGCAGAUGGCAUCAGAGUCUUUCGUUGCCGCAACUGCAGCUGCAUCUUCAGGGAUUGGUGUCAACUGGGGGAUGAACGGCGACAACCUCCCGCCGGAAGGGGUGGUGGUAAGCCUCUGCCGAUCAAGGCGCAUCGACAAAGUUCGCCUCUUUCAUCCGGAGGAAGCUGCCUUGCGAGCUCUUCGUGGUUCCGGGAUCGCAGUCAUCCUCGGCACCUUCAACCAAGACCUGCCUCGGCUGGCGAGCGACCCGCCGUUCGCCGCCCAGUGGGUUAAAACCAACGUGAAACCCCACGCGGACAAAGACGUGCGAUUCCGAUGCAUAUGCGCCGGGAACGAGAUCAUCCCCGGCGGCUUGGCCGAGUACGUCCUCCCGGCGAUGCGCAACCUCGACCGCGCCCUGCGGGCUGCUGCCCUGGCCAUCCCCGUCACGACGGCCGUGCACAUGGCGACGCUCGGAGUCUCGUACCCGCCGUCACAAGGCGCGUUCUCCGAUGCGGCGCGGCCAGUGAUGGCAUCGGUCGUGGGGUUCUUGGCGGCCAAUAACUACCCCCUGCUCGUCAACGUCUACCCCUACUUCGCAUACGCUGAUAACCCCAGGGACAUCCGCUUGGACUACGCGCUCGGCACGUCCGACGUUGCGGUGGUGCAGGACGGCUCUCUCGGCUAUGCCAACCUCUUGGAUGCCAUGGUCGACGCCAUGUACUCGGCGCUGGAGAAGGUGGGCGGGCGUGGCCUGCAGGAGGUGAUAAUCUCCGAGACGGGCUGGCCUUCCGAUGGCGGUUUCGCUGCAACGAGGGAGAACGCGAGGACUUACAACAACAAGGUGGUGGGGAGGGUGAGGGCCAACAGAGGCACACCCAAGAGGCCAUCAUCCCCUCUGGAGACGUACAUCUUCGCCUUGUUCAAUGAGAACAAAAAGCCGGCCGGGGUGGAGCAAAACUUCGGCUUGUUCUACCCUGAUGCCACCGAAGUCUACCACGUGGACUUCUAGAUUAUCUCCCCGAGUGUAGUCUGCACCUGUGAUAUGAUGGGGGAGAUGUGUGUUUUCCACAUUUAAAGAAAUAAACGACUACACCCACUUUUCUUA